UAGUCUAUGACAUGACAGUGGCCAUUUUUCUGAAAAGUGGGAAGUGGGGAAGGGAAAAAAAGGUGAUUUAUGUCAAAUUUUUCAAGGCCUGUGUGUGAUGAUUCCAUUUUUUUACCAACGUGAUAACAUUUUCAACAAUAAACCAUUAUUAUUGAGCGGGCAAACCUCAAAACUAGUGAGUUAAUGUGAUAUAAAAUUGUACAGCGGUUUCGGGCGCCGCAUAGUUUUGUAUUUGUACAACAAAGCUUUUUGAAGAUGGGUUAUUAUUGCACCGUACCACAAUGCACAUCGCUUGCCGGCAAGACGAAAAACGUGAAGUUCCACCGUUUUCCACGCGACGAGACAAUGGCUGACAAAUGGAAUUUGAUUUUGAAGCGCGGAAAGCCAUACACAAAAUAUUCUAAAGUUUGCAGUCUUCAUUUUACCCAGUCAGAUUACAACGUUACAACGAUGGGACAAUGGAAGACCCUGAGCAAAGACGCCAUCCCCUCACAGAAUUUGCCCAAGUUGGACGCUGACGGUAAUGUUAUGGUGAUCAGAAAGAGUCGCACCAUUAAAUAUAGGGAUUCUACGCAGAAGAGGGAAGAGUUACACAGCGAGAAAGGUGAGAAAUGGCAGAUUCUCUCCCAACAACACCAAGCUACCAGUCUCACGGAGACUGUGAUGAACGACUCGACCGAUCCUAGCAUUGCCUACCGUCUACAAUCGCUAUCGACCAUCGCCCACGUUGUGUCGCCAAAAACAAAGAAGCAGGAUGCGUUUAUGCAAACAGAUCCAAUUCAAUCUGAAGAGGACGACUCCCAACCUAACAACAGCUACAGCGAGCCAUCAGAGAAGUCCUACGCGUCCGAAGUGGCCCCGGAGUACCCAGCACCAGCUCCACAGGAGUUCCCCAAGAACUACGAGCUCCCGAAGGAUUAUACCAAGAACGAUGAAGAUUUCAUACCGAGAACGAACGAGGAAUACAAUAAAGAGGCCGAGAAAUAUGCACUGGAAAGGAAAUCUCACAACGGCUAUGAGAAACCCGUGUUGGAUGGAUUCCAUAAAGAUAUGCUCGGUGACGGUUAUCAGAAAGAUGUGUAUACGUUCGAGAAGAGUUACAGAACGGAGUAUUAUCACAACUCUGGGUAUCAGGACAGCGUUGAGAUGCUGAGGAAUCAGCAGCACAAUCUCCAGAUAUUGCAGGAACAGCACAGUGCCAAUGAGAAUCAGAAUUUUUUCAACGAGAACCAUAUAAAGCAGGAGGUGGAUUUGAACGCUGACGAGGAUAAGUUUAUGUUCGACAGGAAUAAGGAUAUAGAAGCGAACAAGCCAAUGGACGGCCAUUACGUCCAUCAACGUCUAAUGGAACAGCUGCAGCAUCACGUCAAGCAGGAACCGGAUACUAAUGCAGCUUGCGAGCCGGUACUUCAGCCGCAAGGGAGCCCUUACUAUCAAUCGAACACGCAUAACAAUGCGACAGGGUACGGCGCGGGCGCGGCGCGGCCGGGCGCCGAGCUGCUGAUCGCGAAGCAGAACGCGCUGGCGGCGCACACGCAGCUGUGGCAGAACACUAUGAAAAGACCAUUCUUCUAUAGUGACAGCCCUCACUAUAAUGGAUCGCAAUUAUUGCAUAGAUACGAGGAAUCAAUUUCAAGAAUCCUACAGUGAUUUGACAUUCCAAAGGUGAUUUAAAAUAUAUAUAUAAUUAAAAAAAAAUCUCUAUUCGACGAAAAUCUCUCGGGUAUUUUGUAAUAUUAUUAUUAUAAACGUGCGGCCUCUUAAAGAGUAACUUAAAAAAUAUUUUGAAUGUGCGUUUGUGAAAUAUAUAAAAAAAAAUUUAAGUUUUUUUCUGUUUUUUUUUAUUGCUUUUACUUAAAUUAGGACUAAAGAUUCUAAUUCAUAGAUGUUUUUCAUAUAUUUCUUUUUUUUUAAUAAAUACAUUAUUUUUUUUUUGUCUAGCGAAGCUAGAUUCCUUUGCAAUGUGUCAAUUUUUAUAUUUGUUUUUGUUUUACCAUGCAUGGUUACCAUAGUUUUAUAUUAAAAUAAAAUAUAUUUUUAUACGGCCGCACAGUAGUUUCGAAAAAAACUACAACAAAAUUUAAAAAAAAAUGUACAAAUUAUUAUAUAAAGAGUUUCAUAUGCUUUUCUUUUGUGUACAGUUUUUUUUAUAUCUGCAAUAUAUGAAUGUUAACGUCUUAUGUAGUAAGUUAUACAGGUCUCAAAAUAAAUUCAUUAAAAGCUCUUCUUUUUUUCAUAUUUGUAUUUUCUUACAUGCCAUUAAUGCAAUAAAUUAGAAUAAUUUUACCUUUUAUUGUGCUAAAUAAACAAAAAAUAAUACAAUUAUAUUUCACUAGAGGCCGCCCGAGACUGCGUCCGCGUAGAACCCUCAUCAUAACAUAACAAUCAAUCCCGCGGGAACUCCGGGAUAAAAAGUAGCCUAUAUGUUAUUUUGGGCCUUCAGCUAUCUACGUAUCAAAUUUCAUCGUAAUCGGUUCAGUUGUUUUUGCGAGAAAGAGUAACAAAAAUCCAUGCUGACAUCCUGACAUACUCACAAACUUUCGCAUUUGUAAGUAAUAUUAGUAGGAUACUGUCAAUUUUUGGUACAUGCUAAAUGCCAUUGACUUUGACAUUCAUAUAUUGUACAGAUAUAAUUAUAUUGUUGCCAUUUUUUUUACAUUUCUUAUCAAUAGGGUGUCUUAAUUGAAUAAGAAAAAUUUUUUUUUUGUGUAUUUUUAGUGAAGAUAUUUUUCUCUAUAAACUAUAUAUAUAAAUACAUACAUAUAUACCUUACUAAGUAUGGCAUUUAUUUUAUAAUUUAGCUGAUUUAUUAAGUUUGUUUUUAUUUUUAAUAUUUUUUUUUUAAUAUGAAUAAUAUAUAUUUUACCACGUGUAAGUAGUUUUAACGGUAUAGUUACCAUAUAGUAAUUUUGGUCGGCCAUUUUGAUAUUUUUAUUCAGUUAUAUCAAUAAUUGAUUGUGAUCUAACACAUGGGUGUGCAUUGUCAGUUGACCUGACGCUCAUUAGUAAGCAAUUAAUUACAUUGUGUUAACAGAUUUUCACAUAUUUUUUAUUGAUAUGUCUAAAUAAUAAUUAAUUUUCGUGAAAAGGCGAGGGUACAUGGUACUGAUAUGAAACUAAAAUCGUUUCAAAGUCGCGUUAUAAAAUUUGAAUACAUAGGUUAUAUAUACUUUAAUUUUUAUGUUAAAAUCAGAAAACCAUUAUUAGUUUAUAUUUGUAUUUCAUCGUAUCCUUAAAUAAAUCGUUUAAAUUCUUGUGCCGUGUGGUUCCCGGCACCAACAGAAAAAAGAAUAGGACCACUCCAUCUCUCUCCCAUGGAUGUCGUUAAAGGCGACUAAGGGGUAGGCUUAUAAACUUGGGAUUCUUCUUUUAGGCGAUGGGCUAGCAACCUGUCACUAUUUGAACCCAAAAUUCUAUCAUUAACCCAAAAAGCUGAACGUGGCCUAUCGGUCUUUUCAAGACUGUUGGCUCUGUCUACCCCGCAGGUGAUAUAGACGUGAUUAUAUGUGAAAUUGUUAUAAACUGAUGCGCGACCGGAUCACAGCGCGUGGCCCGACACGCACUUGGCCGUUUUUUGAUCUGACAUGGCGUACCUUCGCCUCUUUUCAUGACACGAAUAUUGGGUGUACAUAAAAUUAUUAGGUCGGUGAUACAUUAUCGAAUUUACGCGGCGUAUGUGAAUGUAGCCUUAAGUCGAUAAUUUUUUUUUAAUUUUUUUUCUUUGUUGUAUAAUUGUCACAAUUUUCAUUGUAAAAAAAAAAAGAUAUUAAAGGAUUUCAUUCGUGACGGGCCCAAAUAUUUUCCUUUCAAAAUAAGCACAAUUAUGAUAGUUACAAUCUGUUAUGCUUUCAUACACUUAUCUGAUUUUUUUUAAAUUGUUAAUUACAUGGAUUUAAUUUUUUUAAAAAGAUAAAAGAAUACUAGUUAGUAUAUUGCUCGUGAAUAGUGAGUGCCAUAGUAGCCCUGAUAAAGAUUAAUUUGUGUGCUCAAUGUACGAAAAACAUGUUUCAAAGUCUUUUGAACCCACAAGCGUCCCAUUUUGAGUUGACAAAAUGGUGCAAUUCGUUUCGCAUUACAUGCAUUACUAAAGCCGUGAAAAGAUUGUAGUGCAAGCUAUAAAUAAUUGUACUUUUAUUGACUACUAGAGGCCGCCCGCGACUUCGUACGCGUGGAAUCAAUCCCGCGGGAACUCCGGUAUAAAAAGUAUCCUAUAUGUUAUUCUGGGCCUUCAGCUACCUACAUACCAAAUUUAAUCGUAAUAGGUUCAGUAGUUUUUGCGUGAAAGUGUAACAAACAUCCAUACUGACAUCCUGACAUACUCACAAACUUUCCCAUUUAUAAUAUUAGUAGGAUUACCACUAACAUUUAUUAGUCAAUACUUUAUCGGAUGCAAAUCAGCGCAGACGUAUAAUUACUUAAGAGUGUGGGUCUAAAAAUUGUACAUAUACAUUAUGUAAUUACAAAUCUUUCCAAGCAUUUUUAUUGCGCCAUUUUGCGAAUGAAAUUCCUAAAACAUUUUCGCUCUUGCCAAAGUAAAUUUCGAUGUUUUAAUUUUCAUGGAACUUUGCUUUUUUUUUGGCGCCAAUUCAAUUUUUUUUUUCUUAAUAUUUUAAUUUGAGGCGCCUGAAGAAACCUUGUUUCAAAGUCAUUUUAGAUAUUAAAAAAGUAAAAAAAGAUUUGUUUUGUAAUAAUGUAAAGAAAAAUUAGUUUAAGUGUCAUCAACCUCUUUGAAGAAUUGAGGGAAAUAGAGUAAAACCAGGGAUGGGUCGGUAGUGUUUUUUUUUUUAUUCUAUUUUUCAUAGCUGAAGUUAGUUUUUUUUCUUGGUGCUCGUAAUCGUAUUAUCCCGAAUUUAUUGCAUUUUAUUUUCAUAGAUUUACGUUAUUUUUUUUAUAUAUUUGCGCGAGAUACAUGAUACUACAGAUUUAUAGUGGUGCUUUUAGCCAAUCAAUUCACGUGUUUCGAAUGAAACUCUCUGAUUGGCUGAUUUAAACGGCUGUUUCUGAACGUUCGCCUACUGGAAAUAUGAUUUUCAAAAUAUGAUCUCGCACCAGUUUUCAGGAAUAACGUAUAAGUUGACACAUCUCAUAUUUCAAAAUUCAGAUGACAACUAUGUGCAGUCAACCGCAUAUCAAGUUACCCUGCGCGGAACUCUAUGACGCGGUAAUAAAGGCGAAUUUGCAGUGAAUUUAGGUGGCUUGAUAUAUUCUAGUAAAGUCAAAACGGGAGAAAAAUCUAACCAAAUAGUACAAGAAAUACUGAACUGAUAACAAAAUAUGAUGAAACAAAGAUCAGUUAAUUGCAAUCCCACAUUUGACGCGGCUUAAAUAAAUAAAUAACGCAAGGCGAACAUGGGGAUAUUGCUUAAAUACAAAAAAAAAAUUGCGCCAAAAAAUUUCUCAUCUGUCAUCUGACUAUUAAUAAAUGUGUAAACGCGCACACGUAGAUCGACC